AUGAAGAAACUUUCUGUAAGUUCAAUUUUUACGUUGUUAAUUCUUUUAACAAUCGUUCAUUCAAUUCCCUGUCCACGAGAUUGUAUUUGUAAACCAACUUAUCCAUAUGAUACUGAUUUUAUUCGAAUGUCUUAUCUUAUGGAUUGUACAAAUGUAUCUUUAAAUAAUGAUAAACUUAUUUAUGAAGCUCAACAAUGGUCAAUUGAUAUCGAUGAAAUAAAUAAUCAAAAUGAUGAUAAAGAUAUAACAACUGAUUAUGAUAUUUCAAUUGAUUUAUCAAAUUCUUUAUCAUUAAAAAAAUUUACAAAUAAAACUAUUGAUUUAACUGGUUUUUCAUUUGAACUUCGAAGUCUUUCAUUAACCAAUCAACAAAACAAAUUUAUUCUUACACCAAAUUCAUUCUAUUCAACAAUGUAUGACAAUUUAAAAGUAUUAAAUUUAUCUUCAUGUUGUCAACAAAUACCAAAAGAUUGUUCACAAAUUUUUCGUCCACUUAUCAAACUUCAAGUACUUGAUUUAAGCAGAUCAGAUAUGUAUAAAACUUGUCUUAAUACACCAGAUACAAUUUCUUCAACACUUCAAGAUCUUAUAUUGAGUAAUAAUAAUUAUAAUGGAAAUACAUUUUCUCAUUCAAGUAAAUUAUUUGAUGGUGUUCGAACAAUAUCUGGUAAACUUGAUUUACAAAAUUCUCGUUUUCAAAUGGGUACACAACUUGAAGGAAAUUGUUUAUUUGAUUUAUUUCAACAAAUAACAAUAUUAGAUUUUUCAAAUAUUCAAUUUGAAUCAACAUCAAAUAAUGAUAUUGAAAUUCAUUUAAAACAUUUUUUAAAAUGUAAAACAGAAAAUGGUCAACAAUUAGUUACUUUAUAUUUACGUUCAUUAGAACUUGACAAAUUUCCUGAAUGGUUUACAAACGAUCGUUUUCCUCUAUUACGUCAACUUGAUUUAUCAAAUAAUAAUUUUUAUUCCAUUGAUAUAAAUACAUUUUCAAAUCUUCGUCAUAUAUCAUUAGCUUACAAUCCAAUUCGAUUGAAAAACAUUACUUGGCAUGGAGAUACAAUUUAUGAUUCAAUUAAUUUACGUUCAACAAUUCAUGGUCAAAAAGUUAAUAUAUCACAUGGUUUAAAAAAUUUAUUUAAAUUAACAAAAAAUAUUGAUUAUAGUGAUAAUGAAGGUCAAAUGUUUGGUAAUAUAUUCAAUGUUCCAAUUGAACUUGAUUUUCCAUCCGAGAAAUUCUUUUUAAAUAUUUCUCGAACUAAUUUAUAUACAUUUCAAAUGGAUUCCAAUGAUAUACGUCAGUUAGAUAUAAGUUGGAAUUAUUUAUAUGAAUUAAAUUUAAAUGAACAAAUUAAAUUAAAUUAUUUAGAUUGUUCAAAUCAAAAUUUAAAAAAUUUAAUUUUAAAUGAACAAAUAUUAGAAUUAAAUGUACUUAAAUGUUCAAAUAAUUCUUUAAAAACAAUUGAAAACUUUUCUUUAAUCAAUAAAGAAAGAUUAACAUUGAUUGAUUUAUCAUAUAAUAAAAUUGAUACAUUAAAAUAUUUACUUUCAAAUUUAACUAGUCGAUAUUUACGUACAAUUAAUUUACAAUCAAAUUCAAUACGAAUUAUACGAUCAUAUACAUUUCAUGAAAAUUUAAUUAGUCUCUAUGAAAUUAAUUUAUCAUGGAAUCAAAUAAAUCGUAUUGAAAAAUAUGCAUUUCAAUCACCAAAUUUACAAAUCCUUGAUUUAACAGGAAAUCCAUUAAAAAAUAUCGAAGCAAAAGCUUUUUUUACAGCAUCAUUACGUUUAUUUUUCAUUUUUAAUAAUAGUCAAGAAUUAACUAAUCGUUGUUUACAAUCGAAAUCAUACGAUAAUCUUAUAUUUAUGUAUACGAAUUGGUUGCAACAAAAUGGAACGUUAAUGAAAAAUAUUCAAAUUAAACCUAAUAAAUGUUUUAAUCGUUAUAUAACUCAGAAAAGAAUUGAUUGGAUUAUACAAAAGAGCAAACAUGUUUUUGCAUAUUAUAUUUUAUAUAUAGCAAUAGGUGCAUGUUUAGUUGGUAUUAUUUUUGCUGGAGUAUAUUAUUAUCGAAAAAAUAAAUUUACAUUAUUGGCACCAAUUCAACGUUAUAAAAAAUUGGAUAGACUUAAUUUAGUUGAAAACGCAGCUGAAAUGGAUCAACAUCAACGAGAAGAUGAUGAAAUUGUGAUGAAUCUUCAUGAAGCUCCUUUUAAUAAAUUUAGUCAUGAUCCUACGGAUGUUUAA